AUGGAGAGACUGCGCCAGGCCUUCAUCUGCACGAAUGGCACGCGGCUCCAGACCUCGGGAGGCGCUCAGGCUUCGAUUCGAUCUUCCAUCUCCUCCCCUUCUCCCUCCAUCCCUGAAGCAGGAGGCCUCGUCGCAAUCUCACAGCGUAUCCGUAGGCCCGAACGGUUCUCGUUUGAGGUCGAGGGCGAGCAAGUGACCCUCGUUCUCGACGUCUGUUGCUCCGGUGUCAAGCGAUCGGACGCGGUCAAAAGCGCAGAUGCGCUCGUGCUGGUCUACAGCAUCACCGACCGCGAAUCCUUCAAAGCGCUCAGCGGCCUGCGCGACGACGUACUCAAAGCCAGAGACGACGACGGCGGGCCGCCGCUCGUCCUGCUGGGCCAGGAUUCGCACAAGGAGUUUGGGCGUAAGGUGAAGCGCGAAGAAGCGGAUUCGCUCGCCAAGAAGUGGAACAAAGCCCCCCGACGCAAACUCAACCGCACGCUCCCGUUUCGCCUGUUCAGCAGCCGACAAGAAGAGACCACGACCCUCGGCGCAUCGGCGCCGUUGUCAUCGACGUCGACGACCACCUCCUCGCCCCCGGGCGGCGGCCUCGGCUCGCCCUGGUCCGGCUCCGUCUCGAACCCGGUCACGACCCACACCAGUCGCACACAGCAGUUCACCCAGGCCGACGACCCCAAGGCCGGCCGGGCGCUGCGGCUCUCGCUCCGCUCGAAGGGCAGCAGCGACGCCAAGGACAGCGGCAAGGAGGCGCGAAAGAAAGAAAAGGAAAAGGCAGCCAAGGAAAAGGGGGAGAAAAAGGAGAAGGGCUGGCUGAAGCAGACGCAGCGGAGGGCCAAGAAGAAGCGGAGCAACAGCAGCAACAAGAAGAAGAGCGGCGCCGACGAUGCGGCAAAGCCGGUCGGGCGGCGGAAGGAGGACAUGCGGAUGCUGGGCCAACGCCAGACGAUGAUGAAACUCUCCCAGCGCAUGGAGUCCAUGUCGACAAUCAAGCGCCCGCAGGCGCCGCCCAGGCCGCCGCGCCACGGAAUCGACGGCCUGGGCGGCGCGGCUGGUGUUCCACCGAGUGGGGCAGUCGAGGAGGAGGCGCCGCCGCACAUGCAGGAGGCUCAGUCGUUCGCCGACCUGGCGGCCACGUCGGCGCGCACCGUGAUCCGUGGGUUUUCGCCGGAGCAGGCCUACGGCAUGCUCAUCACCACCUCCGGCCCGGCCAUCGACGUCAUCGCCGAAGUCGCGAGCAAAGAGAAAGCAAUCACGGACUUGCUGACCGAGAUCGGCUUGCUUCGGUACAAAGAGAAUCUGUUGCAGGCUCACGACCUGCGAUUAUCGGACCUGCCGCUGCUCAAGGAGUGGGACCUCGACCGAUUAGGCAUCACGCUCAUGGGCCACAAGAAGAAGCUUCUCAAGGCCUUCCAUCAGUCCCUCAACCGAAUCGCAAACGGCGGGGAGGGCGAUCCGUUGUACUGGGUGAUGGAGCCGAGCGAGCUAAGCCUGGGCAAGCGCCUCGGCGGCGGCAACUUUGGCGAGGUGUUUGUGGGCAAGUGGCGUGGCAUGGCGACGGUCGCGAUCAAGCAGCUGCGCGAGGUGGACACGUCAUCGCUGCAGGAAGAGGCCAAGAUCAUGAGUUCGGUGUCGGUCCAUCCCAACGUGGUGACCCUCUACGGCGUGGCGCUCAGCCCGGGCUCCGCGUACCUCGUCACCGAGUUCAUACCCGACGGCUCCCUCGACUCCUACCUCAAGUCCAACAUCAACCGAAUACAUUCCAAGGUGCUGCUGCGGAUGUGCAGGGACGUUGCUGCUGGAAUGGACCACCUCCACUCGCAUCGCAUAGUCCAUAGGGACUUGGCCACGCGAAAUCUCCUGCUCAAGCUUCGCCACGGCGGCGAGCCCGUGUGUGACUUUGGUCUGUCGCGCACGCUGGAGGCGAGCGAAUAUUACUGGGCGACCAAGUCCCUGAUGCCCAUCCGGUGGUCCAGCCCCGAGGCCCUCAAAUACCGCAAAUUCACGCCCAAGUCCGACGUGUGGAGCUUUGGCGUCGUCAUGUGGGAGAUAUUCUCGUUCGGUCAAGUGCCCUACAGCGCGCUGACCAAUAGCGAGGUCAUGACCUGGCUCGACCAGGGCGAACGCCUGCCGCGACCCAAUAGAUGUCCGGAGGCGGUGUAUCGGGUGAUGCUCAAGUGCUGGCAUCUCGACCCGAAGCGUCGCCCGGCCUUCUCCGAGCUCUUCAGCGUGCUCGAGCGGAUACUCGAAGCCGACGACGCGGAGGCCUCGUCUGCAAGCACGUCGUCGCCCCUGUCGUCGACCACGUCGUCGCCCCAUCAACGGCCCCCACUGGCAUCGGCCUCGUCGAUGGCCGCCUACGGCCCCGGCGGCGGAAUGCUGUCGACAUCAGGGCCGGUGUCGACAACGGCGGCUGGCGCCGCCGGCGACGCAGAGGACGAGAGCGGCGAGGGCAGCGGGUCGGUCGACCUCGCGGCCAAUAUGUGGGGUGACAGCAGCAGACACGCCAGCGGCGUCCUGGGCAGCCCCACAACGGCGGCAAAGAACGAACACGGCAGCAGCAGAGGCAGGAGCGGAAAGAGCGAAAGCGGCGAGAGGACCCGGAGCGGACGGAAGGCUUCCAGGGAGGACCAGCAGACCACCAAUGGUCGAGUAGCGAUGAGAGAGCUCGGGGGGAGCAUGGCAGAGUACGGCAGCGGCGGCGGCGGCGGAGAGGCCGAUACGUGGCCGGCCAUCGUCGAGCGCGAGGGGUCGACCAUCGAGCAGAUCAUGCGGGACACCACCCGCAUGGCCGCCGAAGCCGCGCCCAUCGUCCCAGAGAUGGAACUGAGGUUCAAGGAGGAGUUGGCGCGGGGUGAUGCGCGGGCGUGCCCCUGCAUGAUCCGCGUGGGCGCCCACGUAUGGUGCGGCGCGCCCGGCGGCCGGAUUGACAUCUACCACGCCAUGACAACACAGCACGUGUUUACGAUCAUGGGGCACUUCAACACGCGCGUGCUACGACUCGUCCUCGUCGGCGGGCUCGUGUGGUCGUGCGACGAAAACCUGAUCCGCAUUUGGGACCCGCUCACUUUCAAGCAGGUGUGUGAGCUGACGGAGCACUCGGGCAUGGGCGCCAGCGCCGGUCUGCGCAAGCUGCAGUCGUCGUUCGAGAGCUCGGCGGCGGCGCGACGCGGGUCGCAGCCCUCUGUCCCGACCACCUCGGGCCCCGCCACGCUCAGCGCCGUGUGGACGUCCGACACCAGCGGCAAGAUCAUCAUCUGGCAGCCCAACCAAAAGCAGCCGACGGUGAUGAAGGAGAUCGUGUUGCGAGAGGAGCCCAUCUCGUGUAUGUGCCAGGUGGGCAAUGCCGUCUGGCUCGGCGCCGAAAAGCGAAUCUAUUGCGUCGAUCUCAACACGCACGCGAUGUUCAACUGGACGGCGCAUCAGCGGACCGUGAACGAUCUGCACUACGAAAACGGGCUCGUGUGGUCGUCGGCCAACGACGGCAAACUCAAGGUGUGGAACGGCGGCGAGACUCCCCAGACGGUGAACCUGGUGUGGGAGACGGACGUGGAGGCGUCGGUCAACUGCUUCGCGCGGGUGGUGCACCCCAAGUACCCCACCGCCGUGCGCCUCUGCGCCGGCGCCGUCUUCGGCACCGUCACCAUGUGGGACGCCAAGACGAGGGAGAAGAAGCAGCAGGUGGGCCAGCAGAAGGAUGUGAUCAAGAGCAUGCUGUGGGUCGAGGAGACGCUCACCCUGUGGACGGCCUCGUUCGACCACACCAUUCACCUGUGGCAACUCACCGUGCCCCGGUCGUCGUCCGCCUCCAGCGGCGCACACUACCACCACCAGCGGGCCGCGUCUCGACCAUGA